GAUUAGUAAAAACAUACAAAAAAUGUACUUCAUUAUGUUCAGGGCCUUUUGAUUUUACGCAAUAAAUACCUUUAAAUUCAGUAUGCUUAUCUAACAAUUUAAACCUCGACUAGCUAUGGUGGCACGUCGAUAGAUCGAUAAUUUCUUUUGCAAACUGAUGAAAAAGUCAACGAAACGCAGUAAAAUCAAUUAAAUUAGAGAGUUGAGCUGGCCUUUAGACAAUAUAUUUAUAUAUAUUUAUAUAUAUGAAUAUAUAAAAAAACAGAAACUGGGUUAUUAACAGGCCAGGCAGCUCAUGUGCACUAGAACAUUAAACAAAUAAUUAGUGGCAACAACUACUACAAAAGAGCACGAGCAGGCUGUGUGUGUGCGUAUCUUAACUAUUUAUUGCACUCUCGCCCUGUGUGCGCGCUGACCACGUAUUCCCAAGUACCUACAGCAGCGAUGGAUAGCAACAAAGGUGAGGCACAGCGUUGUAUUGACCUGGCCGAGCAGGCAUACGCUGAAGGAAAGAUCGAGCGGGCUGAAAAGUUUUUGAUAAAAGCAGAAAAACUGUUUCCUACGGAAAAGGCUAAGCAGCUGUUGGCCAAGGUGAAAAGUUCGCCGGGCAAUGGAAAGGAACGUCCAGCUGCUGCUGCAGAUGCGGACUCUGGUCCGCGUAAGCGUGUGAACUCAGAUUCCAGACCCCAUGCACCGGAAUAUACGAAUGACCAGAUUGAGGCAGUACGCAAGGUCAAAAAGUGUAAGGACUACUAUGAGGUGCUUGGUGUCAGUAAGACAGCCACAGACUCGGAGAUUAAGAAAGCGUACAAAAAACUCGCCUUGCAACUGCACCCAGACAAGAACAAGGCACCCGGCUCUGUGGAGGCAUUCAAAACGUUGGGCAAUGCUGCGGGCGUUUUAACCGAUGUGGAGAAGCGCAAGAACUACGAUCUAUAUGGCAUUAACGAUUCGCAAAACGGUCACGGCACUCGUGGCCACCAUGGCCACAGCCAGCAUUAUAAUGAUUAUGGCGGCUUCCAAGCGAAUAUGAGUCCCGAGGAUAUAUUUAAUAUGUUCUUCGAAAAUGGAUUCUCACAACAAAAUGUCUACAUGCGGCAGCAGCGACGCCGGCAUCAGGCACGUGACGACAGAGACACGAACAAUUCAUCAGCCUUGAUCAACUUGCUACCCAUUUUAUUGCUCAUCGGCUUGUCCAUGAUGUCCUCCUUUUUUAUAUCAGAUCCCAUGUAUAGUUUAACGCCUUCACAUAAAUACUCGGUGAAGCGCGAGACAAAUGGUCUGAAAAUUCCCUAUUAUGUAAAGGAUAAUUUCUAUUCGGAAUAUCAAGGCUCAGUUGCUCGUUUGGAAGAAUCGGUAGAAGAAGAUUUUGUCAAUCAUUUGAAACACUCUUGCAGUCGAGAGCGAAAUUAUCGUGACUCGAUGUUGGCUAAGGCUCGCACGUUUGGCGAUCGGGAUCUGUAUCGGAAGGCUCAAAACAUAAAUACCCCAUCGUGCGAGAAUCUGCAAAAGUAUAUAAUCACAUGAUUUCAAUAUCCGCAAUACACUCGCAAUCAAAUUUAUACGUGAUUUAAACAAUUUUUCGUUUUUGAUUCUAGUUUUU